AUGAAGGAAGACGACUUGUUAUUAUUUUUAGACUUAUUAGAUCUUGAUGAAGAACUGGUCAACUAUCGUCUCCAGACUAUUAUGAGCCGGAAAAGCUUUACAAUACAACAUUUAACUAACGCAAGCCACUUGCUUAAUUACAAAUAUCUAGUAAACAUAAAGGAAAGUGAUGAAUGCGAAAAUGAUUUAGAAUUUGAAUUUAUUGGCAAAUUAAUUGAAAAUCUAGAUGAGAAGCAUAUUGAUACCAUUUGCAACAUAGUAAGUGUUAUUUUAUGUUUAAACCCGAGUUCAAUACUAGUAAAAUCUGAACAUCUUUUACAAGAACUUUUGAAUAUUCCUUUUACCAAAGAAUAUAUCGACUGUGAGGAGAACCAUUCUAAGCUAUUGUCACACUUGAAGUUGUGUGAUAGUGUAGUUGAAGCUGUUAUAAAGGUUGGUGAGAAGUUAUCAUUGCCAUUUCUCAGUGUGCCCUUACAAAAUAUUAUUUUCAGUGCCAAUGAGGGCUUAAAAAGACAUUUUUUAACAAAAACUGUAAAGAAAUUCUUUGAUGGUGUCACUGCCUACAACAUACUAGAUAGAAUAUGGCAUAGUAUAACACAAGAUGCUGAUAAAUUAGAUUCUCUUAAAGUACUAUCCGUCUUAUCAAAUUACUAUCUGCCUCUACCUGACAAAGAAGGAAUAGUGUUAUUUCAAUCGAGUGUAAUUAGUCAGAGGGAAUUUUGGGAAAUUUGUUAUUUUGGUUUAAUUUCAAAUGACCCAGUAAUUAGAAAACUAGCUAUUUAUCUGCUGAAGAGGACAAUAGAUUGUUUAAUGAUUUCCAACUUAGAUAUUGAUAUCUCAACACCAAUAGUAACAAUGAAAUGGGUGCCUUCUGUUAGGGGCGAUAUGAAAAAAAGCUGGGACAACUAUUUCAUUUUAAUUGAUAGUUUGGAAGAAAAACAGAGUAAUAUAGUAUUACCGUCUUUGCAUUUAUUUACUGUUGUUCAAUUGCUUGGGAAGUGCUGGCUAAAUUGUGCUUAUAAUAUAGGACUUCAACAUGACAAUUUAGAAGUCAAAACUACUUGCAUUAAGCAUAGACUAAGUCUUGAAAUAUCAAAUGAUAUAGAGGCCAAUAUUUUGUUGGAUUCCCUAAACGAUAUGAAUAUUUUUGAUAACCAAACUGACUGUGAUAUAGUAAAAGAAAAGUUUACAAAGAAUAUUAUAGAUGAACAAUCAUUUAUGAUGGUCAUAAGGAAUAUAACAAAAACAAAAUGGUCACCUGUACCACUGUACCACUUGAGUGAUAUUUUAGCAAAAAGAAACCAUGGGAGACUGCCAGAAGUCAUAUUUGAAUACCUGUAUGAGUUAAUUAAAGUGCCAUGUAAUAAUGUUGUUAUAAGACGGGCAUUUUAUCAAAACCUUUUUUAUAUAAUUGGUAAUUCUUGUGAAAGCCUAUCUUGGAAGAGAAUCUUGAAUUUGUUUAAUUUGAUCACUACAAAUUAUUUGGUAGAUAAAAAGAUAUUAGAUGAAUUGUCAGACAUAGAAUUAGGAAAAAAGGGAGAUUCUUAUAGACAUUUAUUUGAUGUAAUAAAAAAUUUAAGUGUACAUGAUAAAAGGUCAGUUUUAGAGGAAUUAACAAAGUCACACUUAAAUAUUGACUUUACUAUUGUAUAUUUAAUGGGACAUGAGGACGAAGUAUCGUCUUUUAUAGCAUUACUUGAAAGUAUGUUCAACAAUAUAAAAAGUACUGAUGCCACUAUGGCAUUUGAUGUCAUACAAGAUGCAAUAUUUUUGUCAAGCCUACUCAAUAAAGUCCACGGCAGUAAGCUAGCAUCAAUUAAUAUCCUACUUAAUAAAAGAAGGCACAUUCUACUUGACUAUAUAGAUAUUUUACUAAACACUGACAUCAAUUAUAAUACAUUAGAUAAUGUUAUACUGUUACUAGAAAAUUUAGUACACACAUACAACUUACAAAGUUGUCCAGAAAAACAUAAUAAUUUAUACCGCAGCUCAAUAGCAUUACUGAGAGAUGGUUAUAAUAUAAGCAAGAAUAUUUUUUGUGUAUAUUUAUUGAAUAUCAUGUGUUAUCAAAAUACCAGUGAGAUGGAAGUAGAUAUCCAAGAUUUGAUUAAAAUAUUUAAUAAUGUAAAUAAAUUGAAUUCAAAAGAAGGCAAUGGAAAACUGAGAAAUUUGUUCAAUUCCAAAGCUUGCGAGGUGAUUUAUUCUUUACUGCAGAGGGACGACCGAGACAGUUCAUACUGUAUAUUUGAUUAUAUAGAAAAUUCGUUAGAAUCGGGAGAUUGUUUAAGAUUUAUAUUACAGAUAGCAAAUAUAAUUCUUCCUAAGAUUUUAGAAACAGAUAAAUUUAAUAUCACCAAUUUCUUUCAAUGUGUUUGGAAUGAACUGGAAGCAAAGAAGACACAUAGGGAAUAUUCAGAAUGUAUGGAGGGUUUUAUUCAAUUAAUAACGAAAGAGGCUGUACUUAAAGUACCAAAAUAUAAUAAUGAAGUGAUAUUUUACUGCAGUAAGAUCAUAGAAUUCUCUAUGGUGAAGAUAAUGCCUUUAUUCCACUUAGUGGAUGCGAUGGGUAGAGAUAAUGUACUGCAUUAUGGACAUCUUGUUUAUGUUUUUAGCGAAAUUUUAUUAGUUGUUGCUGUGCCUAGAAAGGACAAUAGGAUUACGGAAAAUUUAAUUGUUGACAUAUCAAAAGAGAGCAAGUUUACAAACAAUAAAAAAUCUGUGUACACAACUUUUCAUACCGAGUAUAGAUCUUUAGAAAUCCUCGCUACUAUAAAGGACGUAAAAAUAUUAGAGGCAACCGCGUCUUUAAUUACGAAAAAAAUUGACGAUCAAUUCAAGAACAAACAGAGAUAUCACAGAAAUUCCACACUACAUAGGAUGUUGCAUGUGGCGUUGCAACACUUGUUGUUUAUUUUCCUGAAACAUAGAAAUAGUUAUGUAGAGGAUGUCUUCGAAUGGUGCUUUAGUUUCCUGAUCAGAAUUCCUCACCAGACCUCGACGAAAUUGUAUUUGGAAUGGUAUAUUACGCUGUAUUUUUAUUUCAAGGGAUUCCUUAUAACGGAUGUCUUAAAUCUUCUUACUACUAAUAAAGUCCCUAUUCUAUCUCAGUUUAUGAUACUAUAUUGGCUCCUCAAACGUCGAGCCCUAAGAAACAGCCUCGAGGAAACCGAAUUUAAAAUAGUUUUGGAUUAUUUUCUGGAAAAUACAAUGGGCCCGACAUACAGCGUGCGUUUGUAUGCCCAAUAUCUUGUAACGAGGUUGCAUUUGCUUGUUGAAAAAUCGAAAACAUUUAAUCUAAUUGGAUACGAGCAAGCGAUUAAUGUGGUGAAGAAAACUCUCACCGAGGCAUCCAAAUUGAAGGAGAAAAGCUAUGAGAAGUUACUGAAUGAUUAUUUCGUUCACGAUUUUGACAUAGUGAACGAUUUGACUCCUUGUUCCAUAUAUUACAGUUCGCACGAUGAACGAACGAACGAACAUAUAGACGAAAAUGUAGCUCUGCAGACAUUCGUAGGCAUGCAACAAUUAGACGAUGGAGACGAAGAUUCCUUAUAUCAAGAAUGGAGUCAAUUUAACAAGAAUCGUAAAAUAAGCCUAAGAAAGUUUAUCACAGUUUUGAAAGAGGCGAAAGAAGUUGAGCUGACGAGUGGCAUAAUUCAAAAGAAGUACAUACCUUGGAAGAGUAUGAGCGAUAUCGAUAUUGUUGAUAUGAAGAAAAUGGAAAAUAAAACCGAGCUGAUCGUAGUGGCGUCGUUGAUAGACAAGUUGCCGAACCUGGGUGGCAUGGCGCGGACUAGCGAGGUAUUUGCCGUCAACACAUACGUCAUAGACAGCUUAAGGCAUCUGCAGGAUAAACAGUUCCAGGGCCUGAGCGUAUCAGCAGAAAGGUGGGUUAACGUCGUCGAAGUUCGACCAGGCCAACCGCUGAAGGAUUACCUCUCGCAGAAGAAGACGGAAGGAUACGCCAUCGUGGCGGCCGAACAGACUUCGAAUAGCAUCAGUCUUCAAGGCUUUAAGUUUCCUAAGAAAACUCUCCUUUUGUUGGGAAAUGAAAAAGAGGGUAUACCAUGCGAUCUUCUACCGUACAUGGACGUGUGUGUGGAAGUCCCUCAACGCGGAGUUCUACGGUCAUUAAACGUACACGUUACAGCCGCCAUUUUCAUUUGGGAAUACAGCAGACAACAUAGUUAG